AUGUCCAGAAAUCCAACAAAACCUGUAAAUGAUUUGAUAAAAUUUUGGGCUUCGCAACAGGAAGAAAGCAAGAAAUCGAAAGCUACUGAGAAAAUUCCACAAAAGAGUAGACCUCUAUCACCGAAUGUUUCCAUCCCUUCCUCACCACAGACUACACCUCAACAGCCCUCACAAGCUGUGUCUCCGAGAUUAUGGAACUCGACCGACGUUAGUAAUAAUGUAUCGUCAAGCAUUAUACCUCCCUUAACUUCCGCACUACCAUUACUCCCUUCGUCCACACUAUUUGAUGAUUUUUCCACAGAAAAACCAGUGUCAAUAUCGGAUCGUUUAUUCGGUAGUGAGUUGGAAAAUUCCAAUAGUAAUAAUACAGUUACCUUGAAUAAAGACUCGGUACCGGAUAGUAGCUUUUCCAUAAUUGACCUAAAACAUGUAUCUGGUCAUAAAGAACGCGGGAGAAUGGAUUGGGGUGCUUUGGAACAACAUAAUCCUACUCCCCUUGCCUCCUCUUCCUCCACAAGUCCGAAUUCGCGUUCACCCGCGAAACCUCUCAUAGACACAUCUUUUCUCAGUGUUACACGUGACCUUCCGAAGGCAAGGGAAACAACAACACGCAAAUCUUUACCACCAGUGAUGAAAGUUUCUAACCUGGUAUCGAAGUUUGAAAAAGUCGCGUCUCCACCAACAUCACCGACUGCCUUGUCACCGACUAAUAAGUUUAAUCAAAUUCCGGACCCGCUGUCUUUGGAAAAGGAUCCAAUGUCACCUACAGAUGGACAUGUGAAGAGGCUUCAACCAAUUAUAGAACCUUUGUUUAUGCCAUCCCGGAAAAGAAAUAUACCAGACGAUGAGGUAGAAUCUUUAAUUGCAACUUCGCAACUUUCCACAUCUCCACCAUCUUCAAAGGAGAAGAAUAAGAAAUCAGCUGCCACUGGAAUAAUCGUUAAUGUGUCUUCCACACAAACUUAUUCAACCAUAACAUCUCCUGUGGAAAAUUAUAUUAGGAAGGAAUCGGUAGUUAGUAGAAAUAUUCCCGGACAUUCUACCUCACCUACAACGCAAGUUAAUAGAGAUCUUCCUGAAG